AUGAGCCUUGUCGUCGAGACGAAGCGCGCGAGUGCCAAGAUGGAGCUCGGGCCAGCGCCGCCGCCACGUCACAAGGCGCCGCUGGCGCUGCCCGAGUUUGACGACAGCGACAGCGACGACGAUAGCCAUGCGCUCGAGGACGUUCCACCAGCGAUCGAAACGAGCUCCAACAACCAGAGCGACUUCAAGUGGGACGGUAUCAGCGACAUUCAGAGUCUCAAGCACCAAAAUGCAGAGCUCGUGGCGGCCAUCAAGAGCCAUAAGCAGCAAAUCAACGAACUGCAGCUUCUACUCGAAGCCUUGGAGCCCAUCCCUGGCCUCGAUGUGGAUGCGUUCAAGGACAUUCUGCAAGGCUCCGAGAUUGUUGAUCACGACAUUCGCAACGUCAAGAUUGUGCACCAAGCCAAGAAGCUGCGCCAAGCGACGCUGGCCUACAACAAGGAAAAGACUCGCGCGGCGGCUGCCAGCACCAAGAUGGCCGAGAUGGAGCGCGCGGUCGAGGCGGCGCAGACCCUUCAGCUCAAGGCCGAGCGCGCACUGCAGCGACUUCAGCAACAGCCUCGGCCCGACGUGGCGAAGAAGGUGCCGUCGCCCGAGAAGGAAGUCGCUGCGUCCAAGAAGCUCGAGGAGCUAAAACUCAAAUGCGAGGCGCAAGCAGUUGAGCUCAAACGCACCCAACGCGCCCUUCAGCGCGAAGUGGGCGACGACGUAGCACUGAGUGACAUUCUUGAUGCGAGCGACAGCGGGAAGCGAGGCCGUGCCCAGCAAAUCGUGAUGCUCAAAGCCAAAAUCAAAAAGCUCGAACGGGCCCAGCCAAGUCCCGUCGAUGUGCCGCGGGAUGUCGAUCGCAAGGCGGAAGACGACCUUGCGGCCUCCAAACUCGAGCGCCGAAAGCAAAGUGAGAAGCUUUUAGAGGACGGCAAUGCACUGCGCGAGGGCCACGAGAAACUGCACAAAAAAUACGAAGCGACAAAAGCCCGCCUCCACGUGUUUGAAAAGGAAUCGAGCAAGAGCAAGGUCAAGAUCAGCGUGCUACUGGAGAAAUCCAAGAACGACGACCUCCUCAUCGACCGUCUCCAAAGCGAACUCGAAACAAAGAAGCCAGGACCGAGCUCGCGGGCCCGCACGGCCGACAGCAAAGCGCCUGACGGUGACGAGCUCGACGCGCUCAAACUGCUCUGCAAGGAUCAAAAGCGACAACUGGCGCACCAAGCAAGUCUCCUCGAGUCCUUCCAGCGCGACUUGCACGCUGCGCAAUCGACUGAUCUCAAGCACACAAAGGCCAGUGUCUCCAAAGAACAAUUUGGCAACUAUCAAGCCUUGGCGAUUGAGAAAGAACGACUCGUCGAACUCGUCAAGUCCCUUCAGCAGCAGCUCCAAGCAGCCAAGCUAGACGCUCCACCGAAACCAUCGGGCAUACCGCACUUGCGCAACGACGCAUCUCGCUCGCGGCUACCGUCUCCUCGCACAUUAAACGACGUUGCAGAGUUGGACCGGCUACGACUAGCUGUCGAAGCCAAGGACGAGGAAAUUGCUACGUGGAAACGGGCGUACGAAGCGGCAGUCUCAGACAAGGUCAGUUGCAGCGAGGAGCUUCGCCUCUUGAUAUUGGCCUCUCAGACGUCAACAUCACAGCACAGUCAUCUCAUCGCGGAUCUCGAAGAGGAAAAUGCAGCGCUCAAAGACGAGUGUUUGAAGCUCCAGAACAUGGUGCGCGCGGCCCGGAAGCGGGAAGAGACACGCGUGUCGUGA